AUGGUAGAUGACAUUACUGGUGAUCGUCUCGUCCAUCGCUCCGAUGACAAACCUGAAGCUUUGAAAAAGCGCUUGUAUGAGUAUGAGAAAAAUGCAACACCUAUUUUACAUUUCUAUGAAUCUCAAAAUAAACUAAUUCGAAUAAACGCAAACAAAGAUGUUAAUCAGGUGUUCAGUGAUAUUCAGGAACUUAUUCGUGUGAAAUUAGCAGAGGGACGAUAG